GUUUGCAAAACAGUCGCAGUAAGAUGGCGCUGUGUGGCGGGGCGGACAGAGGAUCCCACAGCAUGGAUAAGAGUAUUACACUCCCCCCAGAUGAAAUUUUUCGCAAUUUAGAGAACGCCAAGAGGUUCGCUAUAGAUAUAGGCGGAUCUUUGACAAAACUGGCGUAUUACUCCACAGUUCAGCAUCAAGUUGCCAAAGUCAGAUCAUUUGAUCAUUCAGCGAAGGUAAGCUUGCAGGAAACAGAUGGUGACCCACUUUAUGAGAUAUCUGUACAGGAAGAGAUCACUGCCCGUCUUCACUUCAUCAAGUUUGAGAAUGCUUACAUUGAAACCUGCCUAGAUUUCAUUAAGGACCACCUGGUCAACACAGAAACCAAAGUCAUCAAAGCAACUGGUGGAGGGGCACACAAGUUCAAGGACCUUAUAGAGAAAAAGUUAAAGCUAAAAGUGGACAAAGAGGAUGAAAUGACUUGUCUGAUCAAAGGAUGCAACUUUGUUCUGAAGAAUAUCCCCCAUGAGGCUUUUGUGUAUGCCAAACAUGCUGAUUCUGAAUUCCGGUUCCAAAAUACACAUCCGGACAUCUUCCCCUACAUGCUUAUAAAUAUUGGCUCUGGAGUCUCAAUAGUAAAGGUUGAAGCAGAGGACAAAUUUGAGCGUAUUGGUGGCAGUUCUAUAGGUGGUGGUACUUUUUGGGGUCUUGGAGCUUUACUUACAAAAACCAAGAGGUUUGAUGAACUAUUGCAGUUAGCAUCCAAAGGACAACACACAAAUGUGGAUAUGCUUGUGAAAGACAUAUAUGGAGGUGCUUAUGGGUCCCUGGGUUUAACUGGCGACCUCAUUGCAAGUAGCUUUGGGAAAUCAGCCACCACAGACAAAGAGUUCUCCAAAGAAGACAUGGCAAAGAGCCUACUGCACAUGAUAAGCAAUGACAUUGGACAGCUUGCCUGCCUCUAUGCCAAACUGCAUAACCUUACCAGAGUCUAUUUUGGAGGAUUUUUCAUCCGAGGACAUCCUGUUACCAUGCACACCAUCACCUAUAGCAUCAAUUUCUUCACUAAGGGGGAGGUUCAGGCUUUAUUUCUAAGACAUGAAGGAUAUCUUGGUGCUAUUGGGGCCUUUUUGAAGGGGGCAGAAGAAGACAAUCCUAACCAGUACAGCUGGGAAGAAAACUAUGCUGGCAGCUCUGGUCUCAUGAGUGUUUCCCCGGAGCUGAAUCCUGUGCAACGGGCUCGUAGUGGAACGUUUCCAUUUGACAUGUUGGAGAUGGACCGUCUGGAGAGGCAGCUAGUCAACCUCCCCCUGCUGCAGGACGCAACCUCUUAUAUUCCAGACACAGUGGACCUGACUGAGGAUGCAUUGGCUAGGGAGUAUUGGCUCUACUGCUUUGAGGAGGCUUUAGAUGGGGUGGUGAAGCGAGCUAUAGCUAGCCAGAAAGACCAACCAGAGGCUGUGGAAAGAGCAGAGAAGUUUCGUCAGAAAUACCGUCAUAAACUCCAGACUCUUCGGCACCAGCCUUUUGCUUAUGGAUCCCUUACCGUCAGAAGUCUUUUAGACACAAGAGAACACUGUUUAAACGAGUUCAACUUUCCUGAUCCCUACUCUAAGAUUAAGCAGAAGGAGAAUGACAUGGCCCUGAAAUACUAUCUGAAGGUGGUGAAGUCAGUCGAGGAACUGAGCUGGGAACAGCGACAGUUCACUUUGGCCAAAGGCCUCCUGGCUGGCAACGUUUUUGACUGGGGAGCCAAAGCCGUGUCAGAUGUGCUUGAAUCAGAUCCAGAGUUUGGGUUUGAACAAGCAAAACAGCAAUUACAAGAGAGGCCAUGGCUUGUGGAUGCCUACAACCAGUGGAUUGAGAGACUGAAGGGUCCUCCUCAUAAAUGUGCAUUAUUUUUCGUAGAUAAUAGUGGAAUAGACAUUAUUCUCGGGGUUUUCCCUUUCAUUAGAGAACUUCUCAUCAGAGGCACAGAGGUUGUUCUUGCCAGUAACUCAGGCCCUGCCCUCAAUGACGUCACUAACAGUGAGCUGCAGAUCCUAACGGAGAGAAUAGCUGCCAUGGACCCUGUCAUUCAUGCUGCUCUUAGAGAGGACAGACUUGCUUUGGUGCAGAAUGGUUCUAGUUCUCCUUGUUUGGACCUGAGUCGCCUGGACAAAGUCCUGGCCACAGUCAUCAGGGAGCGUGGCACAGAUCUGGUGAUCAUUGAAGGAAUGGGUCGGGCCAUCCACACAAACUACUACGCCAUGCUCAGCUGCGAGAGCCUUAAACUAGCAGUCAUAAAGAACUCCUGGCUGGCCGAGCGUCUUGGAGGCAAGAUCUUCAGUGUAGUCUUCAAAUACGAGGUCCCUUCCAAAGCCCAAGAGCAACACUAGGGAAAUUUAAAGGCUUUUAGGGGUAAAAUGGCUAGCAUUGAAAGGAAAGAGCAUUUCCAAGGGUCUUCUGUGCUUCUUCCUGCGAUUAACAUAUUGAUUGUAUUUGGGGUUUUCUUUUUCUUUCUUUUUUUUAAAUCAAAAUCAAUAAUAAGGGGGCAGUCGUGUGUGCCUGCUCUGAAAUUGAAUGUACACUUCUGCUGUAACCUCCCUCAUAACAAUUGGAUGACAGCUGUAGGGGCUUUAUUUUUUGAUGAGAUUAAAUUUUAUUGUUCUCAGACCAGUUUUGGUUGCUGUUGGUUAUUGUGUUGGAUUCAGGAUGAACUGGAAUGACAAAUAUAGCAUUUAUGAACAGUUUUCAAAUUGAAUUAGCCCUAGUAAUGAGGUCGUACACUUUUCUCCUGCUGGAUUAAACAGUAUAUUUAAGUGUAUAAACCUAUUUAUCGAAUGUUGGUCUGUCUUUUGAAACACUGAAAACAUAACAGGUUUGUUUUUCACUGCAGAAUCAUUUAGAAGUCUUUUAAAUGAUCAUUUCCAUUUUUUUUUAAUGAACAAUCUGCUUUCAAAUGAAGCUGGUAUGUUUCUAAUUUCACUCACUGCGUUUGUUACUGCCAUACUGAAUCAUCUCAUACAGCUGGCUUUGUCUAUUAAUGACUAGCACCUCUGUUCCCAUGACAACAUUUCAUAGUGACUUUGAUUUUGUGUUAUUUUAAUACAUUAGCACUGGUGUCCCAACAGAAGUGAAUAAGAAGAUAAUCUUGAACAAAAUGGAAUGCUUGGCCUUUAACAAUACAUGAGUUCUUCAGUUUCUUGUUCUUUGUUUUAUUCUGUUUGUGGGUGGCCAAUGUGUGGAAUGUGCUUAAAAAAGUGGUAUAACUAUUCGGACAUACUCAAAUAUAAAGAGACAAAAGGCAGAUUUUAUAAUGGAUUAUGCAUCCAUUAACACUAGAUGUCAGUAUUGUAUUAUAAUUAGUUCAAAACAGUUACCUUUCUUGAUAAAGGCAGAUGGUAUUGUGACAGACAUCAUUUUCAUUGUUGUUAUCAUUUGUCAGAUGCUCAGAAAAAAAUGAGAGGGAACAGAGUCUUGUUGAACAAUACCUGCCUCAGAUAUUGCACCAUUAUAAUGUAAUGCAUUUGUCCUCAGGUCUGAUGCAGCUCUCACUUUCUACCAUCUGUGGAAAUCUUUGUAAUCUAAAAUCAAUUUCAGGGUUCUAUAGCACAGCAUUGCCUCACUAUCUCAGCUCUUUCUGAUUGAGGGAGAGAGAGAUGGAGAUCGACAAUUUGUGUGUGUGUGUGUGUGUGUUUACGUGAAUAAGAAAAAUUUCAAAUGUUUGACACAAUGCACAAACCAAUCAUUAGUUUGGAGGCAGUUAAUGUUAAAGCACAGUAUUUCAGGGCUCUGUUAUGGAGUAAAUAAGCUCACUGAUUGCUUUUUCAUUCUGAUGGAUUGGUUGGUUCUCUCCGUGUAUCUUGUGUGUUUAUUCAUGUGUGUGAUCCAGAAAAACAAAAUGUCCAUACAGAUUGGAUGGGAUGUUAUAUAUUUUCAGUGUUUUAAGCGCAGUAUGCACAACAAUUUUCUGACUGAAGGUUUUGGACUAAUGGUCGCUCUGAAAUGUUUUUAAUCAUAGACGUUGAUAAAACAAUUAUUUAUUUCAGACUGAAGCGGAUUGUACAGUUCUCAUUUAUUAUUCAGCCAAACUUUGUAAAAUCAGUUGUAAAUAUAACAUAAACUUGUACAUCGAAUGUACUGUUUAUUUGCAUAUCUUAAUGCAUUGUGUGGAUUUAAAAAUGCUCACUUGACAAUCAUAUAUAAGGCUGUCAAAUAUAUUUUA